AUGGAAACGGCCAUCCGCUGGUCGCCCUCGUCGACCACCCAGGACCAGCGCUUUCUGUACGUGGACGUGACGGGCAAGUCCUUCAAGCUCUGCCAAGUCACCUCGUUUGACGGCAAAGGUCUCGAGUACGAUGUACUCAGCACGCAUGUCCGAGUCCCCGGCUUUCGCGCCUUUGAUUGGUCGACUGCCGAUGAGUCGCUCAUCGCUGUCGGUCAGUCCUCUGGCGAAGUGAACAUCCUGCGCAUGGAGGGAGAUUCGCAGGAGUCAUGGUCCUUUCCGAUUCGCAACCAGCGUUACUGUAACUCGGUCGCUUUCAGUUCGCAUGGCUUGCUGGCUGGUGGGCUGGAUAAAGUUCGUAAUGAUGUUUGUCUGAACGUCUGGGAUGUCAACCAUCGCAUCAUGACGGGCAAUUCUCGCGGAGGUCUUGCGCAUGACAGGCAAGGGGCUGAGCCGCUCAGAAAGUUGAGCUCAGAUCCUAUCACCAGUAUCAAAUUCUACAGAGAUCAGCCGGAUACCUUGGUCGCUGGUGUCAAGGGGCAGUUUCUCAAGCUGUUUGAUUUGAGAGACAACUCUUCGCAGGCUUUUCUUUCAUUCCCAACCAGAUGCGUCCACAACACCGCAAUAGACUGGCUGGAUGAGAACUAUUUAGCUUCAUGCUCGUCAGCUUCGGAGCCCGUGGUGUCCAUCUGGGAUAGGCGCAUGGGCCCCCGUCUAGCCUCUGGCCCAGGCACCACUGAAACAGGCCAGGCAGGACCCAGUCUAGAGCUGAAAAACACCAUCGAUAGUGGCUCAAUCUGGAGUCUGCGUUUCUCCAGAACCAAGCGAGGCUCUCUGGGACUGCUGUCGAGCAAUGGCCAGUUCAAAAUGUUUGACAUUGCCAAGGAGUAUCUCUCAGAGGAAAACCGUCAUUCUGUAGAUGAAACCCUCGGUGAGGGCUCAUUGGCCAGCUAUCCGGAACAAAUAUACACCAAAAACGUGCGGGACAUUCGCCACUCUUUCGAGCAUAAGACCAGAGGUACCACGAAAUCCUCAAGGAUCGUGUCCUUUGAUUUUUUGAACAUGAGCCAGUCCAACGAACCCAGCGCACUGACGCUUUUGGGUAACGGGGAGGUGGAAAUUGCCACUGUGCAGCCGUCCGCGCCUCCAAUUCGGCUCUCGUCUCAAAAUACGCUUGUCCGGGGUAUAUCACAAACGUACUGUGAUUUCGAGACCUUGAACCCUCGGCCACAGAAUGGGAAAAUAUCAGAUGUUCUUCGGUCUCUCCGGAGUGAAGCUCAGGCGGCUGUUAAGCAACAAGAAGACGAUGACGAGCAAGGACAAGCAAAAUGUCUGUCGAGUCGGGAUAGUAGAGAGCAUGCGUUGUUUCUUGGAAGCCCCGGCACCCGUCUCCAUGCUUCUGAUGCUCUGACUUAUCUGAAUAUGGCUCAGGCUCGGUGCAAGGAGGGGUAUCUGUUUAACGAAGAGAAGAACCAGCAAGUGGUGGCCGAUGAUCCAGAUCUACAAGAGUUUUGGGCUUGGGUUAAACACUCCCGAGAGGCAUCGGCAAACAUGUCAAUGAUUGUUAACCGGUUUGACAUGAGUUAUCUUGGUGUUUGUGACGUAUGGUUUGGAGAAAUAGGGAUCGUAAACGGCAACAAUAAAAAGUUGAGCAAAACGGCCUUGGAUCCUGACCAAAUGGUCAAGGAUCUGGUUCAGCAACUGGGGCUUCCUGAAGGAAAAGGAUGCAAAACAGACUUCUGGGAACAUCGCCAACUGAGUCUUCACAUCUGCGGCGCCAUCGAGACUCAAGAGGAUUUGGUAGAAGUUGUUAAUAGACUUGUCAGCCAAAGACAACAUACAAAGGCAGCAGCUCUGGCCAUUUUCCAGAACGAGGCGAAAAUCGCCUUUCACGCUCUGCGCAAAAACGAACCCACCCAAGGUCACAAACUUUUGGCAAUGGCUAUUGUGGCUGGGGGAAAAGGCCAGCAUACUGACCCUGACUGGGAGGCUACUUGUGAGGAAAUUGCGACGGAGCUUACAGACCCUUAUGCCAGGGCAAUUCUCGCGCUGGUCAGUAAAGCGAGUUGGGAUUCAGUGUUGGCAGAGACCACGCUUCCCCUAAAAUACCGUGUCGAGGUCGCACUUCGCUGGCUACCUGAUGACGACCUCACGGUCUACCUGCGAGAAACAAAGGCUGAGGCCAUCCGACAGGGGGAUAUCGAAGGAAUCGUACUCACGGGGCUGCGCCACUCUGCUCUUGAUCUUUUCCAGUCAUAUAUCCGCAAAUUCGACGAUGUUCAAACCCCGGUCCUGGCCAUGAGCCACACAGUGCCUCGCUAUAUCGACGAUGAACCGGGCAAGGCCAAAUUCCGAGCGUGGCGCGAGACAUAUCGCCGCCAGAUCAACUCGUGGAAGCUGCAGCUUGAACGGACUCGAUUUGACGUUGGGUCGCGGCGGUUCGCCGUCACCUGGGACGGACGACGAUUGAUUGCCCCUGCACCUCAACAAGUCAGCUUGACCUGCAACUACUGCACGCGUCCUCUUAGCCAGGUUGACCCUAUUUCAUCGUCUACAGCAUCUACAACCGGCGGUGGCGGAUCAGCGUCGGCGUCUACUACCGCCAGUGACAUGCUGCACAGCAACACCUCGUCCACGACGACCAGUCUAUCCUACCAAGGCGCCCAGGGCCCGAUCCUCAUGUCCGGUACUGUUUGUCCGCGAUGUUUCCGUCACAUGCCGCGUUGCGGCGUGUGCUCACUGUGGCUCGGCUCUCCCGACCCAAUGUCCAGAGCUGCCAUCCUCGCAGAUGCCAAGGAGGAUGAGAAGAACAGUGACAGCAAACCAGAUCUUCGCAGACCGUCUGAAGAUGAUCUUGUGCGAAGGUUUGUUGUGUUUUGCAUUAAUUCAUAG